AUGCAAACAAAACCACCGUUAUCAUUCGACGAAUUUUUUGAUUACGCACAUUAUCCAUCGUUGAGUUUUUCGCCAACUGGUAAAUACUUGCUUAUUCAUACUAGCCGUCCACUAUGGAAUUCAAAUUCUUUUGAGAAUAGUUUAUGGCUAUAUGAAAUUGAAAAUCAACAAAAAAAAUUAAUUACAAGAAAACUUUUCGGAGCUUUCAAACCACAAUGGUCACCAAGUGGAAGUUGGAUUGUAUUGUUACUAGACGAAAAUUCAGAUAUAAAUGCGAAAAAUGCAAAUCAUCUUUCAAAUAUAGAACAACGGAUAUAUUUGUUUUCAAUUGAAUCAAACGAGUUAUUACCGAUUGGUAUUGGUGCAACAAUUCCUUUGACUAUAACAUGGUCCGAAGAUGAUUCUGCUCUUUAUUUCACUGCAUUGACGUCAUGGCCAACAAAAGAUGAAGAUGAUUUAGAUGAAACUGAAUGGAAAGAUGUUAUACAAUAUCGAAAACCUAAAACUAAACAAGGCAGUACAAUAUAUCGUAUUGAUAUUGAUAUGAAAAAUCAAAUAUCACCAACAAAAAUUGAAAUCAUUCGAAAUGUUUCUUUUCUUAUUGGUGAACUAUUAUUUGUUCCAUCCGAACAAAAACUUAUAUUGACAUCAAUAACAGACAUAUUGGAAAAGCUAGACAAUAAUGAAAUUUAUUCGAUUGAUCUACAAAAUGUAUCAUCACUGGUACAAUUGACAUACAAUGAAGCAAUUGAACGAGAUUUACAAUUAUCAAGUAAUGGUAAACAGAUUUUAUUUCAAGUUUUUACCUUAAGUUCAAGUAAUGGAAAGUUUAAUGAUACUCAAUUACGAUUGUAUUCUGUUGAUAUAACAAAUGGACAAAUUGAACGGUUGGGAAAUGAUUUUGAUGGUAAUAUCGUGGGAUAUACGACGAAAACCGAUGGUAGUAUUUAUAUUCUUGGACAAUGGGGUACGGAUGUUCAAAUCUAUUCACAGCAGUCAUCUAUGGAUAAUUCGAUUCAACAUCGUGGCUGGAGUGGUACAUACGAAUCUAUUGCAGUUUCUAGAUCAUCUAAUCAAAAUUGUUCUAUUGCAUUUAUUUAUUCAUCACUUAGAACACCAAAAGAAGUUUAUUGUGUUGACAAUAUUGAUCAACUUGCAUCGGCCAAUGCAAUUACAAAUGAAAAUGGUCUUUGGACGCAACGUAUACUACCUGAAUCGAAAAAUUUCUAUUGGGAAAGUGAUGAAGAUAAUAGAACAAUCGAAGGAAUUUUACAUUAUCCACCAGGACAAUUUGAAUCAACAAAUUUGCCUCUUUUCCUCCUGAUUCACGGUGGUCCAUAUGAUGCAAGUCUCAAUCAUUUACAAGGCAAUGGUUACUUUUGGGCUCCAUUAGCAGCCUUGAAUGGCUGGUUAGUCUUAGAACCAAAUUAUCGAGGAUCAACCGGAUAUGGUGAUCAGUUUCUCAGUGAAGUUCGUUAUCAACCUAUAAUCCGACCUGGAAUUGAUAUUCUUUCAGGUGUUGAUCGUUUGAUUAGAGACGGUAUUGCUGAUCCGAGCAGACUUGCAAUUGGUGGUUAUAGCUAUGGUGGUGUUUUAACAAAUUGGCUAAUUACACAAACAACACGUUUCAAUGCUGCUGUGUCUGGUGCAGGUGCAGCCGAACAUGUUUCUACCUGGGGUAUAAUGGAUUGGCCGAUACAUAUAAACUAUUUAAUGGGUGGUUUUCCAUGGGAAGUACCAGAUGUAUACCAGAAUUCAGGCCCCGUGUAUUACUUAGAUAGAGUUCGUACACCAACACAUCUUGUUACUGGUGCAAAUGAUGUUCGGGUUCCACCUGCUCAGAGUUACAUAUUAGAACGUGGAUUACAUAGUCUGGGAGUACCAGUUCAAUUACUCAUUUUUCCAAAUGAAGGACAUUCAGUGAUUAAUAGCAACGAACCUUGGUAUGGGAAAAUCAAGGUGCGAGAAGAACUAAAAUGGUUACAACAAUACGGUCAUCAAUCUUGGAUUAAGACGAAAUGA